CGCCGCUGCGGCUGCUGCUCCGGCUGAGCGCGCCCCGGAACAGGCCGCCGCGCUCCGGACCCGCAGCCCCCGGCGCCGCGCGCUCGGGCGGCCCAGGGCGGCACCUUCUUAUUUCUUCUCAGUCGCAGCCCUCCCCUUAGAGUUGAGCAUCUGUGUGCCUGAAGUGAAUUUCCAGAAGCAGGAGUCCCCAGAGCUGGGCCAGGGGGAUGAACCGUGAGGGAGCACCCGGUAAGAGUCCGGAGGAGAUGUACAUUCAACAGAAGGUCCGCGUGCUGCUCAUGCUGAGGAAGAUGGGGUCAAAUCUGACCGCCAACGAGGAAGAGUUCCUGCGCACCUAUGCAGGGGUAGUCAGCAGCCAGCUCAGUCAGCUGCCGCAGCACUCCAUCGACCAGGGUGCAGAGGACGUGGUGAUGGCGUUUUCCAGGUCGGAGACGGAAGACCGGAGGCAGUAGCUGAAAGCCCCUUGGAACACCCUGAAAGCUACUGAGGGCCAAGAGAUCUGUGGGGCUCCUCUACCGGUUGAGCUGAGCGGUAGCAAACCACCUUCCUCCCUCCCUCUUCUCCCCUCACCCUCCCAACCCUCCCCAACCCAGCCACUCAGCAGGGCUGGCAUCAAGGGAGAUGCCAGUGGUGGUUUGUGAUUGGCUUGAAGGGAUGGACUCGUGAUUGGCUGCAGGAAGAAACGUUUUUAUUUUUAAA